AUGAUUGGAUUACUUUACAAAGGGUACAAUUACGUGAAGUUUUCUAAAAAAAUGCCCGAUUUGGCAAUAUUCAUUUCGACGAGGAUUCUUGAGCACAUGUAUUACAAACCGGAAGCUCUCUUCAUGCAGAUAUGGAACUUCGUCACGAGUGGGAAGGACAACAACUCCCCGUUGGUGGAUGCGGAGGGAAGCGGCAACCCAAAUGGCAAUGUCAUAGAAAAUGGAGACGUGAAGGCAGACCAUUCUGCGCAAACGAAUGGCGACUGCGAUAAGCAGCUGAACGGGGAUACCCCAAAUGGUGCAGAGAAAGUGACCGCCAAAGGGGACGACAAUAUUUCACCAAAACAGAUUGUAGAAAAAUAUGUGUACGAAAUAUUCGAGCAUGGAACGAAGCAGCAGAAGGUUAAAGCACUGCUGCAGUUGUCCUUCCACAGAAGCUUGCAUGACGAAUUCUUGGAAGCAAAGGAAUUAUUAAAUGUUUCAAAUGUACACGAACUGGCGCUAAGCUCAGAUAUGCAGACGCAAAUUCUCUACAACCGGAAUUUAAUUCAGUUAGGGUUAUGUGCCUUUAGACAUGGGAAAAUAUUCGAGGCCCACUGCUGCCUAGGGGAAAUAUGCUCCCAAAAUAAACACCGAGAGUUAAUUGCCCAGGGAGUAUCAAAUUUAAAGAAUCAGGAAAAAACGCUAGAACAGGAGAGAGCAGAAAAGAGACGACUACUCUCCUUCCAUAUGCACAUUUCAAUUGAGCUAAUCGAAUGUGUAAAUAACAUUUGCGCAAUGCUGUUGGAAGUACCCAAUUUAGCUAGACACACAUAUGAAUCUAAGAAGGAUAUUAUUUCGAGGCAGUUCAGGAGAUUCCUAGACAUAUAUGACAAGCAAAUUUUUAAUAGUCCCCCAGAAAACAAUAAAGAAAUUAUUUUACUAGCCACGAAGUAUUUGCAGAAAGGAAAUUGGAAGCAAUGUUGCGAAAAAAUAUUUAGCUUGUCCAUUUGGUCGAAAUUUAAUGAGAGGGAAAAGGUACAGAACAUACUACAGGAAAGAAUUAAACAGGAGGCCAUGCGAACUUAUAUUUUUAGAUACAUCUCCAUAUAUGACUCCUUUUCUGUGGACCAGCUAUGCAUCAUGUUUGACCUUAGUCAGAAUGUCGUGCAUUCUAUUCUGAGCAAAAUGAUGAUUAACCAUGAGAUCCCUGCAUGCUGGAAUGAAAGCAGCAGUCAUAUUCUCAUCAACAAGGUGAACCCCACGGCCCUCCAGACCGUUGCUAUCAAGUUGGCGGAAAAUAUUAACGAAAUUAUGGAGCAGAACGAGUUGACCCUCAACAUGCGGAAUCCAAAGUUCAUGUUCAUGCAGGAGAGACGCACGCAGAUGAAGGACGAAAAAUCCAAUUGGUCACACAAGAAGGGCGACGGCAAGUAUGGAAAGGGUUACCAUCAGCACAAAAACAUGCACUACAAGAAGAACUACAAGGAAAAAAGCAUGCCCAAAGUCUUCGCCUAA